GAUGGGAUUCUGGAGGUUGAAAGACAGCUUGGCGAAGGGGUGGUUCUAAGAGCAAUAUGGAGUGGUACACUGAAGAGAAAGAGAUGCCUUGGGUAUGGGGUGUGAUGGUGAUUUGGAGGGGAAAACCGGAUGGAUGACCAAGACGGGGAUGCGGAAAACUCAGUCACACCAGAAGAUGGCAAUCUUUUUUUGUGGCUUUCUAGCUGCUUGACCGGUCAACGAGAACGGGGGUGUAUGGCGUCGAUGGGGUUGCUUUGCUCGCGCAGCGUGGCGGCGACGGCUCUCGGAUAUUGCGCAAAGCGCUGGUGUGAAGUCGGGGCAUACAUACGGAAAGCAUACGACGGGAGCUACUUGAUUUGCUGGCCGUCCUGGCCUGGCCCCCGACAGCGGGCAUGCCGAUUUCGGGGGAAGAAUGGCAAUCAGAAAGGUUGAGCGACCUGGAGAUCGGGAUGCCUAGGUAUGUGGAUGGAAUCACUCCGGCAUGUAUACAUGUUCGUCUCACCGUUCUAAUAUCCCUAUCACACAUCACACUUGCGCACCCACGCUCAUGCCGCACACAAACACACAAACACACACACACACACACUCAGACGCAUGCAAGCACGCACAAUUUUCUCUCUUUCUCGCACGCACGCACACACACACACUCUCUCUCCCCCUGUCUCUCCUUCUCUUUCUCUCUCGUUCAUACCUCCAGCUCGUGCGAAGGCCAGACCGACCCCAAUGCACGCUGGCCUAAUCUUCCCGAUUGUCACACUCCUUUCCCCUCGUUGCCGACAAGGGCCCAACCGAACUCACUACUACCCGCUUCUCAAGACUCCAAGAGCCGGCAAGGUGCCUGGAGCAGGCCGUGCCGGGCGGGCCAUCUGCCGCCGUGGAAGCCCAACACCUCGCUACCACCUAUCCACCUUACCUCCCCGGUGUCACGGCCAUCGCUGGUACCCACCAGCGGUUCAGCACCCAUGGGCAGAAAUCGUGAGCCGCAUCGGAAAGGCGCGCUGGGGACACUCAUCGUGCCAUGUCGCCUCGAGGUUGGGCCGUCUUGUCUUGGCUCCAGCUGACCGUAGUGGGGUAAUGGAAACCCGCGAGCUGCAGUGCAAUCCAUUUACAUCCCCGGACUUUCCCGUGUUUGGCUAGCAGUGGCACUUCACCGUGCAGCUCACAUGUGUGGGACGUGCUUCUCGAUGAAGCCGGUGUUGCAGCGAAAGCAGACCGACUGAGCCGGGGU